AAGGAUUUUUAGCGGUCGCGUCUGCCUUCAAGCUUGGAAAGCCAUUAAUUAAUCAGAAGUUGGGAAGCGAAAUUUAAAGUUAGUAGGAUGAAAAAUAUAAAAUUACAGUAGGAAGAUUUACAAUCGGGAAAACGAGUGAUCUUUGUAGCCCAAUACACGAAUAGAGGCCUCAACUUCUGAGGAGCGACUUAGCACAAUAAUACAGAAACUUGUGUUACGUAAAGGACACAGUUGUACUUAAGAUGGCUGACCUUGACCUGGUUGAUGCACUACAUGAAAGUACACCCAGUGUUGAAUUGGAAGUUAAAAGAGAUUUCAUUUCUUCUCUGGAGGCAGAGAAAUAUGAUGAUGUUGUUGGAGAAAGCGUGACUAAAGAAAGUUAUGUUCCAUUGCUGGAUGAUGAGACAAAAUUGUCACCUUCAGAGGCUGAAGGGAAAGCAGUGGGAAAUCUGUGUGAUGACACUGUACCUGAACGAGAUGCUGGCGGACAAUUGGCAGAACGUUCUUCAGCAAGUGAGCAAGGACCAGGUGAGCUGCCCAAUGGGAAACAUGGUGAAACAGAUAGCACAGAAAUGCACAAUGUUCCAGUUGGUGACGAGCUGUUGAAUUUUGGUAAUAAACAUUAUGAUGAAGAAGAGGUGGCAAUGAACUUGAUGUCACAGUCAGCACAGAUGAGCACAGAAUCUCCCUUCAGACUUCCUGGCACUAUAGAAGAACAUGGUGCAGAGGAGCUAUUGAACUUUGAAUCUAUGCAGUCUCCUGCACAUGAAAUUAAGGGUUCAACAACAUCAUCUUCAGAACCGCUACUUCUAAACUCUCCGACUGAGGUUACAGAAGAACCAAUGUUUGAAGAAAAGGAAAACCAAGAAUCGGUCCAGCUUUCUAUUGAGGAAAUGGCUUCUCAGGAAGAAGAAAUUGUUGAUUCUACUCUUAAAACCAGAGUUACAGAACUUGAAGGAAAUCUAGUUGCAGAAGUAAGGCCUUUGGAAGAAGACUUGGAAAAGACUGAAUUGCCAAUGAUGCCAACUCUGAAGUCCAUGGAAUCUGCACAGACAAUGGAAGAAGAAUUGGGUGUACCAUUCACCAGCCUGACUCAAGUUGAAACAUCUUACCACCCUGUAGACUGCAGUGACCCAUCUUUGAGCAGUGCAGUCAUAAUGGAUGAUCACUUAGUUUCAAAUGUGAUGAAGACAGAGGUCACAGUUAAUGCUGAACUGCAAGCACCAAUAAACAACUCGCUGCAACAGGAGAACUUGGGACAUGGCACUGAAGCUCCUAUGUUCACAGAACCAUUGCCACCCUCCUCCAGAAAUACUGGCUGUGCGAUGGACACUAUGGUACUUACCAGCAGCACCAUGAGCACUGUUGCCCCAGUUUCACCUUUGGAACGUGCCCCCAAGAAAGAUAAACUUGUAAAUGAAGUAAGAGAAAUCGCACAAGCCAAAGAACCCCAAGUAGCAAAAGUACCUGUGGAGAAGAAAAAGAAAAAGAAAAAGCGUUCGCAUCCAAAGGCAUCUCAACCUGUAGGAGAUGUUCCAGCUAAAGCUAAAGAUGUACAUAAAAUUAUUUCUGCUCAGCGGCUAGAAGAGCUGCCUGCUGGAGUGAUACCAGAGCAUAAAGAAAUUGUCUUGAACACUGAGAGAUCAUUUAAAAAAGCAACAGGAAUGAAGGAAAAAGCAAAACAGGUGGAUAAUGCAUCAAGCCAAGGCAAUGCUUGGGUAACAGGAAGUGCAGGGGAUAAAAUGGCAACUGCUCCGGUGCAAAGUAUUAAAGCUGCUUCAGAGGGUCAUAAAACAGCUAUGGUAGGGAGCCAGAAAGGAGAGUUAACAUUUUCUGAGAGCUCAGCACAGGUAGAAUCAAUUUCUGAAGUGGAAUUGAUUGAGCACCCUUUGGAUUCCUGGAACAGGGAGGUGACCUCCCUUGAACCUGUCCAAGCAGGUGAGGUCGAAAAAGUAAUAGAGCCACCUUUAGAAGAGUGGAGUGGUGAAAAUGCUUCUUGCAAAUCGCAGGAAGAGUCUAAGGAAAACAAGUUAGUAGUGCCUUCUCUGGAGCUUAGGGAUAUAGAUAAUGCUCCCUCUGAGUCAAAGGAAAUGCCUGAAAUUAAGGAGAUCGGAGGAUCUUAUCUUGAACACAUGGAUCCAAAAACUAUUCACUCUGGAUCAAAGCAGCCACCUAAAGUGGAAGAAAUAGUAGAGACCCCUCUAGAAAAUAGUAGGGAAAUUACUGCUCCUGUAUCACAGGAAUCCUCUAAAGUGGGAGAAGCACAGACCCUACUGAAACUUGGAGGUGAAGAAAAUGAUUCCCCUAAGAUGCAUCUGUCACCUGAGGUGAUAGAAAUGGCAGAACCCCUAACUGAGAAUCUAGGUAGAGAAACGUCUUCCCUUGAGAGGAAGGAAGUACCUGAGAUAAGGGAGAUGGCAAGCACUUGUGUCGAACAAGUUGCUAGUGAAGAUAUUCCUACUCACUCAGAGCACCUGCCUGCAGAGGGGAUGGUAGAGAACUCUCAACUUGUUAGUAAAAGAGUUGCUCCCCCUGAAUCAGGGCAAACGUCUGAAAUGAACAAGGAAGCAGAGAUCCGUCUAGAUCAUAUGGGUAGAGAAAUGGAUAGUCUUGAUUCUCAACAAAUGCCUUUGGUAAAGGAGAUAGCAGAGAUGCUUAUAGAUGACGUAGAUAUUCCUCUUGAAUCAAAUAAAUUGCCCAAGGUGGAGGAGGUGAUUGGGCAUUCUUUGGAGCAAGUUGAUAGACAAGCUAUUCCCCAACACUCAGAGGAGACAGCAGGAGUGACAAAGUUAGCAGAAAGCCCUUUGACCUCUAUGUACGUAGAGGCGGGUGUCCUUGAACCAGAGCAAGUAUCAGAGUUAAAGGACAUAGUAGAGAGUUCUCAACAACAUCUGAGUGAAGAAUUGGGCUCCCUUGAGUUAAUGCAAACAAAUGAGGUGAAGGAGAUAGUGGAACCCUCUUUGACAAGAGAAUCAGGUGUCGUUGAGUCACAGCAUUCAUCAGAGGUAAUGGGCAUGAUAGAGACCCCUCUUGAACAUGCAAAUACCGAAGUGACUCCCCUAGAUUUACAGCACACUGCUGAAGAGACAUGGGUAGCAGAUGCUUCUUCAGAGCUUCGUGGUACUGAACUUACGUCCACUGAAUCACAACAGAACUCUGAGAUAAAAAAGCAUGAGAGUCCACCACAUUGUUGGGAUAGUGAAUCUGCUUCCCCUGAAUUGCAGCAAAGUUCUGAGAUGAAUGAGAUGACAGAGAGUCUUCUAGAAUGUCAAACUGAAGUCAAACUCUCUGAGUGCACUGACCAAGUUGCAUCCCUAUCACUAAAGCAGGAAGCAUCAAAAGCACCAGAUAAUAAUGAGGGGAAAAGUCCAAAGUCACCAUUGAGAAAAGGAGGUGCAAAACUCCUCCAAAAGCAAGGGUUCAUGAAAGGUAUUUCACAGAAGGAGACUGGUGCAAAAGUGUCUCCUGAACAGCACAGGGCCUUGAAGACCUCAAUACAACCAAAAGUCACAAAGGUUUUGAACCAACGACGAGGAGAUAAUGUGCCAGUAGAACCAAAGGACUAUGGAGAUGUUAAUGCACAGUCUAACCAGGGGCAUCUGGAUGAAGGAACUCCUCAAGAUGAAGCCAAACCAGAGGAAACAACAGCAGAGAAUGUGACCAAAAGAGAGACAGCUGCAGUCUCCAAAGAACUCCCAGUAACCCCUGAUGCGAAAGGAAAGGUGGGCACACUGACUACAAAGAUCUCACCAACCAAAACUAAACCACAGCCAUCAGCUUCCCUUAAGCGACCUGCGGCAGCUGUUCCAAGCCCCAAUAAAAAAAUCAAUACAACCACUAUGAUGGCAGCUACCACUUCCAAGAGACUUCCUUCUAGUCCAGCGCGGUCUUUUUCUGCGACCACCAAAGAUGUGAAACCAAAGGCAACUGAGUCAAAGAGUCCAACAAAGCCCCCCUCAUCCAGACCACCAUCUGCAGGUGUGACAAAAACACCCAGUAACACGACUGUUAAGAGCAGUACAACAUCACUACAAAAGGGAGCAGCUACUGCUGGGUCAACUCCAAGAAAUACCACAGCCUCUACCCCUAGAAGACCAACAUCUAUCAAAACUGAACCAAAAUCUACAGAAGUUAGGAAGCCCCUGUCUGCAAAGUCUCCCUUGGGUGAGACGGGUCGCCUAAAGGCUACUUCUGCAACCUCUAUUAAGAGUGCUGGCACUACCCCAAGUACGCCAAGCACACCUCUUGGUGUGAGUAGUCCUGGAACACCAUCAUCUAACACUUCUCGGGCACCCAGAACACUGGCUCUGAAGACAACAGCUGCUUCUGAGGCAAAAAGAGUGACACCUAUUUCCCGUACAGCUUCAAAACCCACUGUAGCAGCAGUUCCAAAGCAACCACGACCAGCUAGUGCCCCAGCUCCAGACCUAAAGAAUGUUAAAUCAAAAAUCGGAUCCACAGAUAAUAUCAAACACCAACCUGGAGGAGGAAAAGCUAAAUCAGUAGAGAAAAAACCCGAUCCAGUAAGAUUGAACCGAAAAGUUGAACCCAGCACUGUGAAUCGAGUAGCUAAAACCACAGCUACGAAAGAUAGCCAAAAACAAACCAAUGGCAAAGUUCAGAUUGUGAACAAAAAAGUUGAUUACAGUCAUGUGCAGUCCAAGUGUGGUUCCAAGGAUAACAUUAAGCAUGUUCCUGGUGGUGGCAAUGUACAAAUUCCAAAAGCAAAAGUUGAUGUGAACCGUGUAUCAUCAAAGUGUGGAUCCAAGACCAAUCUAAAACAUAAAGCAGGUGGUGGGGAUGUGAAGAUUGAGACCAGCAAGACCAAUUUCAAAAACAAAGCUGAAUCAAAAAUUGGGUCCUUGGACAACCUAAACCAUACCCCAGGAGGCGGCAAUGUGAAGAAUGAGGGUGAAGAGGAAUCAGAAACAGCAGCAAUCAGUCAGACUCCAGAAAAUAGGGAUCUGACAGGAGAAGCUGAGAGUGAGACACAGCAAAAUGGAGUAGGGGUGGACCCAACUGCCGGGUCUGACGAAACUCACAACCAAGAGUUACAAAUGCAAGAGACAUAUUGAGUCUCACAAGCUGAAGUUCCGUGAGAACGCCAAGGCCAGGACAGACCACGGAGCAGACAUUGUGUACAAAUCCCCAGUUUCAGACAACACCUCUCCUCUCUGCAGCACAUCACUAACUGAAAGCCUCAGCUCCCUUGGAUCUCCACAGCUUGCUAUUCCUGUUGGAUAUGUGUCUGCCACUCUAGCACAGCAGAGCUUGUGAAUUUAUACUUUCUUCAUGUUUGUUUCAAACUACAUUUAACAAAGAGGUUUAGCAUCAUUAACAGGAUUUGUGCUUUAAAAAGGACUUGUUCCUCUUGUGUUAUUUUAGGUCUGGGGAGCCAUUUUGCAUCUUUAUUAUCUUCAUAAAAAUCCACAUAUAAAUUCUUGUUACCUCUGCCACCUACAUUCUUACUGACUUUCCAUUCUUCUGAAAUAAGGUGGGCUUGAAAUUUGAGUGGAACAACCACUUUAGCAGUACUAUAUUGUAAACUGGUUGGAAGAGUAUAUUGGAUCAUCUGAUCACAAAGUUUGACAGAUAAGGUAGAUGGAUAUAAGCAAUUUAAAAGCACCGCAUAAUAGCAUACACUAGGGGAAGAUGAAUCUUGCCCCAACAUUCUCAGAUAGCACAAAUAAAUGGAGGGAAUACUUAAUAUUUAUAAAACUAUUUUCCUCAACUUUUUGCCUUUCCCAUUUUUCUCCUGAAUUGGGGAAACAUCCUUGAACUACCCUUGCACUGAUGACAGCUAUAAUAAUUUUUUAAAGGGAUUUUACUCUUCUCCUUGAGUCUAAUUGCUUGGGAGACUCUGAACAACAAAUUUCUGCUAAAGAUCACCAUGAUGAUAUAUUCUUUCAUUAUUUGCCUCUUUUUUCCUGUAAAUAUAUCAAUGUCAAAAAAUAUUGAUAAAACAAAUUGAAUUUGCACAUUUGGAUUUGAUAACCAGAGGAAGUGAGUUAAAAGAGGAACAUAAAAAUAGAUUAUUUUAAAAUAUAAUGUUUCUUGAUGAAUGGUGGUGAGCAACCUUCAAACCUUAGAGGUUUGUUGCCCAAAAUAUUUUAUAAAGAGUCACUUAUCUUCCCUGAGAGAAUUUUCUUUUAGCUUUUUAUUUUCUGUCACUUUCAGUUAAUGCACUCUGAUGCAACUUAGUCUGGAAUUCACAGAGUUGUAGAAGAAAGCUAUUUGUCCCAGUAUACCUGUGCUAACUCAGAACGAGCUAUACAAUUAGGCUCAUUUCUUUUUCUUUACCUAUCUGCCUUUAAUUCUUGCAUCCAGCUCAAGAAAUUCCAGCAUCAGUUUCAGUGUUGAAGCUGGAAUUUCAGUGGAGAUCUGUUAUUGAACUGGAUACUAUAUCUGAAAUGAAAAGCCAGUAGGAUUAAAUCAAAUGAACUACUUCUGAGAGCUGUGUGGAAGUACAGAUGUUGUCAGUAGCUAGUUGGAUGCUUGGAGGCCAAAUGGAAAUAUUUUAAAAAGGAUGCUCCUAGACACUCGUUAUUAGUCUAAAGGAAGGCAGAUAGGGUUAACCUCAAUUUGUGAAAUCUUUCCCCUCCACUGUGCACCCUUCAGAGAGAUCUCUUCCAGUCCAGGAGCCAUAUCGAGACAUUCUGACUGAUUGCUGCAAGUUCACCAAGGUCUCUCGGCAUUGAUGCAUCUUUCCCUAUUCUGCAUUUUGCCUCUUUUGAAGUGAAACAGCAACUUAAAUUCAGUGAAACAAGAAGUGAAGUGAACUACAAAUUUCUGGAAAAAUUCAGGUCAUUCAGCACCUAUGAAGAUUGGUCAUUGAAACUUUUAUUUACUUUCCUCUGUUCAUCAUUAUUACUUGUUUUCCCCUUCUUCCUACCCAAACUCUUUCCUCUGCUCCUCUUCCCCAAAGAAGAAUGACCCCUUCUCAUCCUUUAUUUGAAUGCCACAUAUACAAGAAAUGUUACAGUCUUUAAAUCUUUCAAAAAGAAAUCUUAAAUCUUAUACAGAGGAACAAGGGUCCUUAGUUGUGUAAAGUAGAAAUGUUUCUUUUUGAUAUUUUGCGUGGAUGCAUGGCUAAAGUGUCUGUGCUCCAAAUAAAUAAAAAUCAUACAAUGUGGAUCUGCAUCCUCCCCCCCCCCCGCCCCACCUCACCAUAUCCAUACUAGCCAUCAAGCAUUUACCAAUUUGAAUCCCCUUUGUCAGCACUCAGCCUGUACUUAUCUAAAUACUAUUUGAAUGGUAACUGAGUGUCUGUCUUCACCACCCCCUCAGGCAGAUUAAUAGUAAUAUUUUAAAUGCUACAUUCCUCUUUCAAAAUGUGUAAAUUUAUUCCUCAAUCCAAGCAGUUAUUGUUGCAAUAGGUGUUUGUUGUUCUGUUGUAAGCACCUUUUAUCAGAUGUUCACAAGUCUUAUUUUUGAAUUGACCUAGAGCAGCUCUUUAUUAGAGUCAUAUAAGACUUGCCAGGCCCUUAAGCAUACCAUAUCCAUGUUAACUAUCAAGUACCCAUCUAUACUAAUCCCAUUUUUCUGUAUUUGGCCAUAGCCUCUAUGCGUUGGAGAUUUGAGUGCUUGUCUUAGAUGUUGUAAGUCUCCGCCUUCAUCCCUGAACUCCAAGAAAAACAAAUCCAGUUUAUCUAUUCUCUCAUCAUUGACAUGCACCUGCCCAGACAACAUCCUAGUGAAUUUCCUCUGCACACCCUCCAAUGCAGUCAUGUCCUUCCUGUAGUGUGGUACUCCAGCUAUAGCCAAUCACUUUUACAAAGUUGUACCAUAAUCUCCAUGUUCUUGUUUACCAUGCCCCAACUAAUAAACACGGUCCCAUAUGCUUCUUUAAUGUUCAUAACUCCUGUGCUGCCAUUUUGAGGGAUUAAUUGGACCUGCAGACCAAGGUAUAACUCUAUAAAUUAAUACCUCUAUAAAUCCAUUGUGCUGACCUUACCCUUAUUAGUGCUUACAAAAUAUAUCACCUCACAUAUAUCAAAGUAAGACAUGGCUCUUCCCAUGUUCCUAACUGAUCAAUAUCAUCUUCCUCAUAAUGAACACCAGCAUCAUCUUCAAAUUUAAAAUUUGUACCUCCUACGUUCACACCAAGAAUGUUGCUAUAGACAACAAACAGUAAGGGUCCCGCCAUUGAUUCCUGCAGUACAUUAAUAUUAAGAAAAGUAUGCCUUCCUGACCUCCACCCCUCCCCCUCCUCCCUUGCCCUCCCCACUCACAUGCACACCCUGUAAUUCAACUAAAGUCCUCUUUGGAACAAGAGUGCAAUCAUCUCUGCAGCUUGGCGGUUGCUUGUAUCCAGUUUGAAGGAGAACUUAGAUAGGAAGGGAAUGGUCACAUUUGGACAUGGCACAUAGCCAUUGUCUAUGUUUUUUUGCAUUAAGAACAAGUCCUGUUAGUGAAUAAACCAGACAUAUAUCCUACAAUCUUUGCAGCUUCUGUUUCUGCCUCAGUGUUUGUUUGAUUUUUAAAAGAACUGUAAAUUGUUUAACUUAUAGAUUUCUUCAAGUUUAAUCUUUGGUGAUGAAGUACUGACUAUUGUAUAAUGAGUAGUGAUUUAAAAACAAUACUAUUAACACUUUUCUAAGCAAUAUCUUAAAGGUUGUGUCAGAUGGAGCAUAGCCUUAAAAGUUGUUCUAUGAGGGAUGAGGGACUGAGUUGGAGUCAGCUAGGAUUUGUAAAAUUGUUUUUAGUGGUUGGUAAGCAGGAUAGCAGCUGUAUGUAGAAGUGAUGUUUGUGCAGAGUUUUAUGAAGGGGCAAGGAUAGGAAAGCAAUUAGGCUUGAUGCACCUUUGUGUAGGAAAGAGCAAGCUCGUAUGAGACCUUUAUAGUUGUUCUGUCAAGACAAUAGUUAUGGAAGAUAUGUGAGUAGAGCCUGUGCCUAUGUUGCUUCUGUGUGGUUUUUAAAUCUAAAUACUAAAAUGAAAAGUCAUGCACAUGCUAUAACUGUACAGUGCAAUCAUGUACAUGUAUACUGCGAUAUAAUUGUUAAGUUUGGUAAUUGGCCUCCAAAGGGACAGCUCAGAUUCAAGUUAAAUUAUUGAGAUUGGUUUCACUAUUGUAGGGUAGGGCUGUAGUUUUGUGCAGAGAAUCAAGUAAAAGGGAUAGUCUAAAAAGGCUGGAUUCUGGGACAACUCCAGAGUUGUCUGUCUGUAACGUUGUUCAUUUCUGAGGAAUUUUUAAAUUGUUUACACGAUCACUGAGUGUUUUCCUUAACUGUGGAGAGCUACUCAGAGGAGAGAAUGUUUUUAAUUUGGAGUAAAUAUGGAGUGAGGCCUAAACGUAUGUAGAAGCAUGGCAUUCACCUUUUCCCUUCCUUACACGUGAGGUGCACAGAUGGAUGUCUUGUCUUUGGAAAUUCCAGGGGUAAGAAGUUAAAGAUGAAUUGUAGAGAUGCAUCUGGAUUUAACAUACCAGUAGAUUGUUUAGAGAUAGACUAAUGUACCUUAUCGAACAAAAUUUGACAUUGUUUUAAAGUUGCUCAGAAAAGAACAAGUUCAACCCUCAUUGCUCAUUAUCCCUCAUCUAAAUUUUCAAAGGGAUUUACUGCCUCUCUACCAGUUUGCCUGGUAUCACAAUUGCCUCUUGUUAGCUUAUGAUUGCAAUUACAUUCAGACCUGUACUUAAUGUUUCAAACACUAUUUAGAAUCACUCAAGCAUUUUAAAAUAUAUAGCAUUCUAUUGCUGUUUAUACUUAAUUCAGAGUAGUCCUAGAUGACCUGUUAUAAUAUCAUUGUUUUAAUAUCUGCACUAAUACCCAGAUGUAAGUGAAAUCAGAUUUGAAACUGAAAGGUAUUAAUGACAUUUAGAGUUUUGUUGACUUCUUGAAGUGACUUUAUUUUAAUUGGUGUCUGAUCUGCUCGCUUUUCCCUUCAACCUUUCUACCAGAGAAAAAAUACGUUUACAUGUUUGAUUAAUUUCAGUACAAAAAAUUACAUUUGCACAGAACUGAUCUGUUGAUUUCAGUAAAACGCUUGGGAUUGGUCUGGUCCCAACAGUCCCAGAAAGAUUACUUCAAGUUUACAAUUGUAUUGAAAAAACACUCUUAAAAUGUUAUGCAUCCAUUUGUAAAGUAUUGUACCCCCUCCUAGGUGCAACAGUUUCAGAUGUUAUGUGCAUGUGUACUUGUUGGACAGAUUUUUAAUGUUUGUGCUGCUGUGAUUGUUUUUUGUUGUUUUCUUACCUUUGUAUGUAAUGUGAAUUGGUCUUUGUCAGAAGUUGGGAAUUCUACACUUGACAUCAUCUGAAUCUCAGUUGCUUUUAAAAUCUGCUAUUAAUACUCGUUAGAACUGUCUGGAGAGGAAUGGAGAACUAUUGGAAUGGGGAUUAUGGAUUUGGUUUUAGGUCUGCACAAUGAAGGCAGUCGGGGCAGCACUAGGGACUGCACAAUUAGUCAUGGCUCUUCUAAGUUCAUGGUGAGGUGUGGGUGGAUUAGUGAAACUAGUCUUGGGUUCUGUUCAACCUCAGCCUUGUGUGUACCUAAUGCAUGUUUAAUGAAGGAAGUUUAAGGCUUUACCUUCUACGGUUGAAGGCUAGUCUUGACAAACAGAAAAUUAAUCUUUAUAGGGUCUUGGAUAGAUAUCUAUGGAGGGACAGGAGCUGAUCUAUUUGUUGGAUGGUAACUGCAAACAGAAUUAAAAAAGAAUGUGACCUUUAAAUGUAUUGAUAAUCAAUUAAGUGCUCAUUACUGUAUAGCUGUUUUAUGGCAAGUUGAUGUAGCAGCCAUUUGGGUCCAGUUCCCACAACAGUGAUGACUUUUUCUUGAUUGUAAAUCAUUUCAGAAACUUUUGAAAGGGAUACAGAGGCACUACAAGUCUUUUUUUGUUCUGCGGUUCCAGUAAUCAUUGUACAUGCAUCUGGUUCCAAAAAUGAUGUUUGAUAUGAUCCAUAACAUCUUCAUCUCACCCUUUCCACUCCAAAAAAUACUCUUGUUACUGACCAGUGUGAUUUUUGUCUCACCAGGACUGGUACUCUCUAAAAUGAACUUACUUGUGAAUUGAUCCUUUUAAAUAUUGAAAUACUAAACUUUUAAAACCUGCAUGUACUAUUUAGAUUAAAAAGUAAUCCUGUAUGAAAUUAUAGCUGACAACCUUUGGAGGGGAAAAAAGCAAUAACUUAUUGAAUCAACUGAUGGUUUGCACUCUGCACCAGGUCCAUCUGGGGUUGUGGAACCAAUAUGACCAGCGUCUGAUUCCAGAGAGGCCGUGUGUUUGACAGACAUUGUGCUUGAUAUAUAAUGAUGUAGAUUCUGUUGUAUAAAGAAAACACUGUAGUCCAUACCAGGACCAACAUACCCUCCAUCACAGUUGUUCCCUUUCCUCAUCCUCAGAAUGAAAGAAAAUGUUCGUGCCUGCAGUGAGACUGGAUGACUUACAGCUUUACUGAAGUAACAGAAGGGGGGAAAUCCUGUAUUUUUGACCUUCAGCCUCCAGUCAAAAGCUGAUUCUGCUAUUUUAAGGUGGGAGUCUCACAUCAUGACCUCCACUAUAGAAUGAAGAUUUUGUUGAAGCAGUGGUUUAAAUAAAUUAUUGCCUGUGGCACAGGAGUAUGAAGAUGAGUAUUUUCUCACUUUUGCUGACGGAUUUGUGUCCACCUCUUGCACUAUACAAUGGUAGUGCUUUGCCUCCAACCGGCGAUACAAGUGAAUUUGGCAGAAAUUUGCACUUCUUAGAAAUAAAAGGUGAGAAAGAUUCAGAGAAUAGUGUAGGGGAAUUACAACCCAAAUAUUCCUUCCCUCCUCCUGCUUUCCCUGCCUCCUCUUUGACUGUCCCUUCUGCUUUUAUCUUCUCGGUUUCUUUUCUUCCUUUUUGCUUUUCCCUUGCUUCUCAAAAUUUUCCUCUCCCCUGAGGUGCAUUUAGAACCAGCGUCAGUAGGCAAACUUGUCUAGCAGUUUAUGCUAAUCACUUUUAUUCUUUAAAGAAGUCUUAAAUAAAUUUUCUCAACCAAUUUUUUUAAGUGGGGGAAGGCUUUAAUGGCUUUGAAAUUACAGUUCAUUUUGCUAGAACCCUUUUAAAAUUCAUUGGGGACUAUUUUUCAUUAAAUUAUCAUUUCUCUUUGAAAUAGUUUGAAGCUUUAAGUAUCCGUCCACUAAGGUCACAGAAGAUAAGUUUGAGGCACUGUUCUUUCCCCCCAAAAAUCUGUCAUUUUUACAUUUUGAGAUGAGAAGCGAGACUUUUAGGAAAAAGUAAGCUGUUACUGAAUACCAAGGAACACAAGUUGAUUUUUGUGGCUUUUUUGGAAUCUAUAAAUGGAUUGUAAACAGUAACUGGCUGCAGCAGUGAGUACCUGGGUGAAAAUGGUACAGUAUUUCCGCUGCUAUCGUCCUUGCACACAUUUAAUAUUCUGGAAAAUUUCUCCUCGCUUUGCUGUUUGGCUGCUAAUAAGCAACAUAUUUGUGGCAAAAUUCAAUUCCCAUUGUUUGGUCCUUAUUGUACAAGUAAAGGUUUGAAAUAAAGCUUAAUUGUUGAUGUUA